CUCCCUUGACACACUACACUUAAUGGUUAAAAGUAAUUGUUUUAAAAUUUAUCUCAUUUAUACUUAGCCCUUUAUAUUUCAGUGGAAAGGGGCCUUAAGGCAGAUAUAAUUUUCUCCCACAUUAAGGACCUUUUACACAGCUAGUAUAAGUGAGAAUCAGGUUCGUGGACACCAUAACGUGAUUAGAGGCACCCUGGUUUUAGAGUCCCAGAGUGCUGUGGAAGAUGGCGGCAGCUGUUGCAAUGUAUGUAUGCCUGGUGGUGUUCAGUGGCUUAACAGCUUAUGAGGCCUCAAAGGAGCUGAGCAGUUUGGUGAAUGGGAGAGUUGGUGCCACGGUGUACCUAAACCCCACCCUGUCAAUCCCAGAGACAUACCAGCAAAUCAACUGGUGGUUCAAUGACUCCCUAAAGAUCCUGAUUAAAAAAUUGAAUCAGCCAGCGUCUUACCCCUCUGACUAUUUUAAUGAGAAUAAGCUGCAUUACCAUGGGAAUCGCACGCUGGAAAUUCGGCAGCUGCAGAAGCAAGACAGCAGCAUCUACAAGAUGGAUGUGGAAGACUCCCAAGGCAGGACGGAAAAGGAAAAUAUCCAACUGGAUGUGUACGAGCCAGUCCCUGAGCCCAGUGUGGAAGUGGAUUUCAGGGCCAACCAAGAUGGAUGGUGCAAUGUCACCCUGGUGUGCAAUGUGGAUGCCACCCAAGUGGCCUACUCCUGGUACCAGGAUGGAAAAUAUUAUAUGGUUACAAAGUGA